UUCCAGCCCCUCCUGCCAUGGGUAGGGACGUGUCGCGCUAGAGUGGGUUGCUGCAAGCACCGUCCAGCCUGGCUUUGGAUGCCAAGGAUGGGGCACCCAGAGCGUCUCGGGGAAACGUGUGCCAGGGUCUCUCUGUCCUAAUGUGGAUUCCUGCGUUUCCGCACCUGUAGUUCAUUGGGAUGCGUGGACGGAGCCGCUGCUGAGUGAUGGAUUGGUGGUGGGGUUACAGCAGGAGCUGCACGUCCCUGCUUUGUGCUGCUCUUCAAAAACAAUAACACUGUGGAGAAGCCCCCCACAAGAAUUUAAAGUAUUUUAUUCUUUUACUCUUACUUUAUUCAUUCGGUAGCCUUACGGACGUGGAUCUCUCAGCCGCUACCGGAGCGUUUCCCUUGGUUUUCUCCGGUUAUCCCUGAGAGACUCCCACUCCAGGGAUAUCCGCCCCACCACCCUGAGUACCCAAUGACAGGCACUAUUCCUCCUUUUCCCUCUUCCACUGUGCCUGACGGUCUCCUGUUGCACCAGCGGAAAUUCCAGGAUGGAAAUAGGAAAAUACUGGCGCAGGCUCGUGGCACUUUAAAUUGGCCGGAGCUGCAAACACCGCACGGCCAAAUGACGGAAAGUUGCGCCCUCUCCACUGUGGAGCACACCAAGGGGCGGGGAAGGGGAAAGGAGGAACAACAACAACAACACCCGCAAGUUUCCCUUUGUUUACGCUCCUUUUCCACAAGCUUCACUGGAAAGGAAAGUUGGUGGCAGCGGCUGGGUGGAAACUCCCUCUCCAAGGAGCGGGGCUUGUUGACGUUUACCCGGAGGGCAUGCCCACCGGCUGUUCCAGCAGCAUCUACCCUCCAACUCCCACCAGGAAGACAAACGGAGGACAAUCUUGAAAUACAAAAAUUUCCUCCUUGGAAUUUGCUGCUGCUGCUGCUGUCUCCGCCGCCACUGCUGCUGCCGCGGUGCAGUGCCAAGACUCUCGGAAUAAAUAAAAGAGGGCUACAGUGUGUGUCUAGCUACAGCCGGCUAAUAGCUAUUUUAGUUGGCCGUAUAUUUCGAAGAUCACAGAUGAAGUGGGGACGCCUGUCUUCUUCGUUUGGUCAGCGUGUGAAACAAUAAUCCCCGUAACAAAAAGAAGGGAGAUGGGGGAGAAAAAAAAUCCUAACAUGAAUCAGAAGAAAUAGUAUCUAGCACCCCCCCUCCCCAGCCCCCCAAACCAACCUCCCCCCCCUUCCCCCGAUCCCUCUCUCCCUCUCUCCACACGCUUGCAGGCGCGGACACGCGCGCGCGCACACAGACACACAGACACACACAUAGACACACACACACUGUACUGUACUGUGUAUUUUCGGAAGAGGAGGUGGCUUUCGGAAGAGGAGGCAGCGGUGGUGUCGGGGAGGGGGGAAUCUCUUUCCCCGUCUGGAGAUGGUUGUGCUAUUCCUCUUUGCCUUGCUCUGGAUGGUGGAGGGAGCUUUUUGCCAGCUCCAUUACACGGUGCAAGAAGAGCAGGAGCAUGGCACGUUCGUGGGGAAUAUCGCCGAGGACCUGGGCUUGGACAUUACAAAACUUUCGGCUCGGCGCUUCCAGACGGCGCCCAACUCCCGCAGCCCUUACCUGGAGCUUAACCUAGAAACCGGGGUGCUCUACGUGAACGAGAAGAUCGACCGGGAGCAGAUCUGCAAGCAGAGCCCCUCCUGCCUGCUGCACCUGGAGGUCUUCCUGGAGAACCCCCUGGAGCUGUUCCGGGUGGAGAUCGAGGUGCUGGACAUCAACGACAACCCGCCCUCCUUCCCGGAGCCCGACCUCACCGUGGAGAUCUCGGAGAGCGCCACGCCGGGCACCCGCUUCCCGCUGGAGAGCGCAUUCGACCCCGACGUGGGCACCAACUCCCUGCGCACCUACGAGAUCACCCCCAACAGCUACUUCUCCCUCGACGUGCAGACGCAGGGCGACGGGAACCGCUUCGCCGAGCUGGUGCUGGACCAGCCGCUGGACCGGGAGCAGCAGGCGGUGCACCGCUACGUGCUGACGGCGGUGGACGGCGGGCAGCCCCAGCAGCGCACCGGCACCGCCCUGCUCACCGUCAGGGUGCUGGACUCCAACGACAACGUGCCCGCCUUCGAGCAGCCCGUCUACACCGUGUCGCUGCCGGAGAACUCGCCGCCGGGCACCCUGGUGCUGCAGCUCAACGCCACGGACCCCGACGAGGGGCAGAACGGCGAGAUCAUCUACUCCUUCAGCAGCCACAUCUCGGCCCGCGCCCGGGAGCUCUUCGGCAUCGCGCCGCGCACCGGGCGCCUGGAGGUGAGCGGCGAGCUGGACUACGAGGAGAGCAGCGUGUACCAGGUGUACGUCCAAGCCAAGGACCUGGGGCCCAACGCCGUGCCCGCCCACUGCAAAGUGCUGGUGCGGGUGCUGGACGCCAACGACAACGCGCCCGAGAUCAGCUUCUCCACCGUCAAGGAGGCGGUGAGCGAGGCGGCGGCGCCGGGCACCGUGGUGGCCCUGUUCAGCGUCUCGGACCGCGACUCGGAGGAGAACGGGCAGGUGCAGUGCGAGCUGCUGCAGGGCGACGCGCCCUUCCGCCUCAAGAGCUCCUUCAAGAACUACUACACCAUCGUCACCGAGGGGCCGCUGGACCGCGAGCAGCCGGGCGGCGACGCCUACACGCUCACCGUGGUGGCCCGGGACCACGGCGAGCCGCCGCUCAGCACCAGCAAGUCCAUCCAGGUGCGGGUGAGCGACGUGAACGACAACGCGCCGCGCUUCAGCCAGCCCGUGUACCAGGUGUACGUGAGCGAGAACAACGUGCCCGGAGCCUACAUCUACGCCGUCAGCGCCACCGACCGCGACCAGGGCGCCAACGCCCGCCUCGCCUACUCCAUCCUGGAGAGCCAGAUCCAGGGCAUGUCCGUCUUCACCUACGUCUCCAUCAACUCCGAGAACGGGUUUCUCUACGCCCUCCGCUCCUUCGACUACGAGCAGCUCAAAGAGUUCAGCUUCCAGGUGGAGGCCCGCGACGCGGGCGAGGAGCCGCAGCCGCUGGCCGGCAACGCCACCGUCCACAUCAUCGUGGUGGACCAGAACGACAACGCCCCCGCCAUCGUCAGCCCCCUGCCCGGCCGCAACGGCACCCCGGCGCGGGAGGCGCUGCCCCGCGGCGCCGAGCCGGGAUACCUGGUGAGCCGGGUGGCGGCCGUGGACGCCGACGACGGCGAGAACGCCCGCCUCACCUACAGCAUCGCGCGGGGCAACGAGGCCGGGCUGUUCCGCAUGGACUGGCGCUCCGGGGAGCUGCGGACGGCGCGCAGGGUGCCGGUCAAGCGCGACCCGCAGCGCCCCUACGAGCUGGUCAUCGAGGUGCGCGACCACGGGCAGCCGCCGCUCUCCUCCACCGCCGCCGUGCAGGUGGUGCUGGUGGACGGCGCGGGAGAGCGGUCCGGAGGCGGCGGCGGCCCGGCCGCGGGCACCGGGGCGGGGGGCGGCGGCGGCGGCUCCGGCGAGCAUCGCCCCAGCCGCUCCGGGGGGGAUAACUCGCUUGACCUCACCCUCAUCCUCAUCAUCGCCCUGGGCUCCGUCUCCUUCAUCUUCCUGCUGGCCAUGAUCGUCCUGGCGGUGCGCUGCCAGAAGGAGAAGAAGCUCAAUAUCUACACCUGCCUGGCCAGCGACUGCUGCCUGGGCUGCUGCUGCUGCUGCCCCUGCUGCAGCCGGCAGGCGCGGGCCCGCAAGAAGAAGCUCAGCAAGUCGGACAUCAUGCUGGUGCAGAGCUCCAACGUGCCGAGCAACCCCGCGCAGGUGCCGGUGGAGGAGUCGGGCAGCUUCGGCUCCCACCACCACAACCAGAACUACUGCUACCAAGUCUGCCUCACCCCCGAGUCCGCCAAGACCGACCUGAUGUUCCUCAAGCCCUGUAGCCCCUCUCGCAGCACCGACGCCGAGCACAACCCCUGCGGGGCCAUCGUCACCGGCUACGCCGACCAGCAGCCCGACAUCAUCUCCAACGGCAGCAUUUUGUCCAGCGAGACAAAGCAUCAGCGUGCUGAGCUCAGUUAUCUAGUUGACAGACCCCGACGAGUAAACAGUUCUGCAUUCCAGGAAGCAGACAUAGUAAGCUCUAAGGACAGUGGUCAUGGAGACAGUGAGCAAGGAGACAGUGAUCAUGAUGCCACUAAUCGAGGUCAAUCCUCUGGCAUGGACCUCUUCUCCAAUUGCACAGAGGAAUGUAAAGCACUGGGCCACUCAGAUCGGUGCUGGAUGCCUUCCUUUGUUCCAUCCGAUGGACGCCAAGCUGCAGAUUACCGCAGCAAUCUGCACGUACCUGGCAUGGACUCCGUUCCAGACACUGAAGUGUUUGAAACACCAGAAGCCCAGCCCGGGGCAGAAAGGUCCUUCUCCACCUUUGGCAAAGAGAAGGCCCUUCACAACAGUCUGGAGAGGAAGGAGUUCGAUGGACUGCUGUCUAAUACACGAGCGCCUUACAAACCACCAUAUUUGAAACAUGGGUGGCAGCAGAGUAAUCCCCAUCCUACAUCCCCCAGCCCCAGCCCCAGCCGUGUGUCUCACCCUUUACCUGGAUGCACCACUACGAAGGCACUUGCCAUCUCUGGAUCUCAAAGUGGAUUAUAAAGAAUAGUGAUUUAAACCUUCCUGCACCUCUAGGAGAUAGCACGGAAAAGGAUAUGCUAGUCACUUCUACAGGACUUACCUGAAGCAGCAUGAUUUGCACAAAAGAAAGUCGACCAACAAAAAGCAUCAGCUUUCAACUUCAUUAUCUUGGCCAUCCAGUUCUGUGUAACUGAAGGAUUUGUGUGCUGUUGGAGACAUCCUGGCCAACAAUAGGACCUAAUUGCUCUCAGCAGGCCUGAGAAAUGAGUUGAAAUGUGUAGAACUGUAGAAACUUCAGAGGCAACUGAUCUUGCCUCUCUGAUCAGUGUGUGCCUGUUUACAGCACUAUAUAUCUUUCUCUCUCCAAAAUGUCACUGAGCCCUUUAGAUGUUUAUAUUCACCACAAAAAGCCAAUCGUACAGAUAAACGAGAUGUGCAUUAUAAAUGCAAUAUCACUGUUUUAAACUUGACUGUUUUAUAUUAUUUUUGUGUGAUCAAGUGUUCCCCAAACUAUUCCAACUUUACAAGAGAGAUUGUGAUCAUGUUCUUUUCACCUGUGGGUCAUAAAAAUGUUGUUAAUCUGAAGACCCACAAAAUUAUCGAAGACAUUUCUGUAGUUUAUACACCGUGUUGCAAAGUGUUUACUGUACUAUUUCAAAGCUUCUAAAUAAAUAUAAAAUAUAUAUAUAUUAUAUUAUAUAUAAUUUUCCGAAAAACGUGGUACAACUUAGUUGAUUUUUAAAUGGAUUCAUACAGUCUACACCAUACACUGAAGCUAGAAGAUAAUUCAGGGUUCCUAAGCUAUCCUUGCUAAAAACAAAAAUAAAAUAAACCUUUAAUAGUACUUCCCCAAAAUUCGUAUUUUGGUCGAUCCUGUUUUUGUUGUUAAAAAAAAAAAAAAAAGCUGUAAGCAACAACAUUUUGUCUAAAAAGUUGUAAGGAAUUUUCAAUGCCAAAGAUGCAGCUGUCAAUAUUACCCGAAUGAGCGCUAUGUACUAUCAGAGGUAUAAACCACUCUCCAUUAUUUUGAUUAUGUUUCUAUGGUUUUUAAUUUGGAAUCACAAAAUCUUUUAUAAGGCUCUAUAAAUUCACCUGUAUAUGUUGUUAAAAAGAACACUGGGUGUCUGUACAUUUUGCAAUGUAAGAUAUAAUGUAAGUGAAGUUAAGUAUUUUAAGAAAAUCAUCCCAAGCUCAUAAAUAUGUAUACAUACAUACAUAAAUACAUACACACACACACAAAAACACCCAUACAUCUCUCUUUAACAUAGUUUUGUGAAACUAUACAAAUAUAUUGCCUAAAAAUAUUUCUCUUGUGGCUAGGAAUAGUUGUUGAUAGAAUUCAAAUUACAAAGGCAAAGUAUAUGCCAGGCUCUUUUAUCACAAAGGAGAUUUCCAAUUAGGAACAUGGCACAUUCUCAGCUGACCCCUGUCCCAUGGGAGUUAAAAUGGUGUUGGCCACCAUUUUUGUUGGGAAAAGGAUUAAGCCCUUGCAUAUAAACUUUAUGUUCUGUAAUAAUUCUGUGGUCUGAAACAGUAUCUUAGAGCGUUUCUUUUCUAUGAAAUAUUGAAAAAAAGUAAAAUUUCAAAGGUAAAGUUUAAAACUGCUUUCAUGUCCAUGGAGUUUAAGUACCAUUUACUAAAUGUAAAAAUCUAGUAAAAUUUUUUCUUUUUUUUUUUUUUUGUACUGUGAUUUUUUUCCCUCACUGUACCUUAAUACAUCAAAUAAUGAAAGCAAAUUAGAGCACACCUUGUUGUCAGCCAAUGCCUAGCCAAAUUCAAACCAAUUCUUACUGAUGAUUCAAUAUUAAGUAAAACAAGAGAAAAUGUUUUAUUUAUUGCAGUGGGAUUUGGAUCAUGCCAUUAUAUAGGAAUUCUCUUAUCCCUACCAAUGCUGCCAUGGGAUGAAUAUGUGAGAGGUUACUGCCAUGUCAUAAUAGAAUUUGAGUUUCUUAUUUUUGUUUGUUGGUUCUGGUUUUUUUUUUUUUUUUGUUCUCUGUAAUUGCAGUUUUUGUUACAUAGGAGUAUAUAAAUCACCUGCAUGAAAACCAUCUUGCUGUGAAUCCAAAUAUACACAGGGAAUUCAACAUUCCUGAUCAAAUUCCACGAGUUCUUUGUACAACUAGUGGACUGGGCCCUGCUGUUGUUAAUAUUCCAAACAAAAUAAUAUACUCAUACUUUAAUGUGCACAUCGAGCACGUUUGUAUAACGACAAAUUGUUUCAUGAGAUCCUUUUAAAAAUGUGUGUUAUACAAAACCUAAUUCAAAAAUCCCCCAAACAACUUUAAUAGCUAUUGAUUUGAGCAAAUACAGCAGUGAAAUGUUCCUCCUGCUACCUCCUGCUCUAGGUAGCAGACAUUUUAGUUUAGUUGCCUACAGGCUUCAUUUAUUUUAUGAAGAAAAACAAUGGAAUUUGUGAAAAAUAUUUCAUUUAAAGGAGAUUGCUAGAUUCUUGUUUCGGCUUUUAAAGCAAGAAAGUCCUUGCCAUUCUGAAACCUGUUUCUAAGUUUUUAAUACAGACAUAUAUUGUAAUUUAUGGUUGUCUUUUGGUCUUUGGGAGGAAAAGGAAAUUGUUUUACUUUCUAUUUCAUGGACAGCCAAAGUGUUUCUAUUUAAUGAAACUCUCUUCACAUUUUGCAUGCCAUUUUUUUUCUAAAAAAAUAAUUAACCAUAUCAUGUCCUGUCAUUAAUUUCCAAAACUGAACUCUUUCCAUCAAGUAUGAUAUACAUACAGAUUUAAUAUAUUUUUUAUUCUUAUUUAAUGUUAAAUACCAUUGGCAUUGGUCCAUAUAUACUCAGAAAUCCUUCUGAGUUCACUGGGAGAGUCCUAGAAGGAAUCAUAGUAGGAUGCAGAAGUGUCAAGGAAAAGGAAGAACUGAAGUAUUACAUCCUGAGCUCUCGAGAUGAAGCUGUAGCUUCUGCUGAUUUCCCUUGCUCACUGUGAGUUUUGGCGCACUAAUAUUUGCUGUCACAAGCCUUGGGACACAUUAAAACCCAGUACACAGCUGCUGUCCCAAGGGAAGGGCAAACUGGGCAGUGCAGAGGCUCAAUUUGUCCUGUUUCUGUUUUAGUGGGCAGCUGGCCACCUCCUUUUGAAAUUGCCUUGUUCAGCACCUCCCAAGUAUUCCAUCACACUGCUGGCUGCAGGGACAGGUCUGUAAAUGCCUUCACACCUCUCUCAGUGUGUGUGCCUCUUCCUCUGAGCACGAGUGAUGCAAAUACUGAAGGACUCUCAUCUGCAUGUUGGACCCAACUGUGAACUGAAAGUAAUCAGGAAAUAUUUAGGUUGGAUACUAAGGGGAAAGAUUGAUGCCCAUAAAUCUGAGAUGAGGAAGGUUUUGGAAUCUCCGUCAUUGUAGGUUUUCAAGGGCAGUGCAAAAAAACACCUGUAAGGGAUGAUAUAAGUGUACUUAAACUUGCCUCAGAGAAAAAGCACAGAGGAGGCUCUCAGUGCUGUUGUUCUGUAAUGUUCCUAAUGGGGCAUGCUGAGCUUUGGAAGAGUUAAUCUGUGCACAGUUGUAGGGUAAGAAUGUUCUAUCCUUCAAUUAGUUAUUUGAAGCAAUAUUUAAUGUUUCAAUUUACCAUUUAUGAGCAUAAUAGAACAAGCUGCCUGUGAGAAUAACUGUCUUUGGAGUAAAUUAGAAUUCAAGCAGAGAAGACAGGGUCUUAUAAAAGAUAACAAUAUGGAAUCAGGUCUGUGAAACUUUUUCUUUUUUUUUUUUAAUUCCUGAUUUAGAUAUGUAGCAAUAGAUUUUUAAGCAACUUGCCUAUUAAUAUUCUUCAAAAUCAGACUUUAGUUUCUUCCAAAACUUAGAAAUACUAAAACAUUUCACUACUUGAAAUAGAAUUCCAAUUUUUUAAAGCAAGUUUUUGCUAACAGGCCUAUUGAGGGAAGGUAUUUCCAUGAACAUAUUCUCAAAUUAAUGGAACAAAGUGUAGUAAUUUUUCAUUAGUGUUGUUGCAAAAUUAGGUGAAAUGAAAAUACACAGAUAAAUACAAUUUGUAAAGAUUCCUGCAUUAUAGCCUCUAAAUAGUUGUGGGGGAGAUGUGUGUGUGUGUGUGUGUAACCAUAGUUAAAAUUCCGGAAGGUUGCCAUGGGAUUUUUUUCUUACAGCUCCUAUCAGUAAAUGUGAACAAAAGGGUAGAAACACAUGUUAGGGUACUAUGAAACUAGACUUGUUCCUUAGUGCAGAAUGGAGUUUUGCAUUCAAGAAUUAAAUUCAGCCCCUCCUUCAUGUGUUAUACCCACAAUCAAGCACACGUCUUUUUUUUUUUUUUUAACUUCCAAAAUAUUACCUAGAAGGUUUUUGUUUUUUCGUUCUUUCUUAAAGUAAUAUCAUUCCUCAGGGUAAAGGGUGGAUAAAUAGAUAGUCUUCCUAGGCUGAUAAACUGCAAUUGCAAUUUUGCAAGGCUGUUAAAUAUUUGUAUGUCUUACCUGGAGAAAGCUGAUCGUAACCUGCCACUGUUCCAUGUUCUAGUCUCGAGUUUUAUGACAUUUGGACUUGUGAAUUAAAACCUAUACAAAGGUGUAGGGGCCAAAAUAAACAUCUUUGAUAUGCAUUUAGUUAUUGCAAUUUGAUUGCAAAAAAUCGGCAUCAGAUGUCUAUAAAGGGUAGAAAGUUGUUUCUAUUCUGUUUGCAGUAAUGUAAAAGACAGCCAGUAGGACUUUAUUAUAAUAUUGUGCUAUGACAAAUUCUGAAACUGUGAGUCAAAUCCUUUGCACUGAUCCCUACAAUCAUAGAUCAAAUUCUUCUUAAAGAGCUCCUUCAUUUUAUUUUGUCUCUUAGAAAUGGAUACAUAUAUAUAAACAAAUAUACACAGCCAUUACAAUCCAUUGUUGAGCAUCUGUGUUUUUGUAGAUAUCCUCAUAUGUAAGAAAUAAGCAAGAACUAACUUGGACAGAUUUCUUGAACUGAAAUUGUUUUUGGAUUUGAAUUUGUUAAUAAAGUUCAUGAUAUUGACAGACAUCAAGAAAAAUGAAAUCUCUGUGGGUGUAGCUCUCCAGAAGGCAAACGCUUCACUUAGGAAGCAUCCUGUCAAAAAACUGUAUAAAUGCAACUGCUGGAAAUCUUGCUGAGUCAAGAUGAAAGAUGCUGUGCUGAAGCUUUCUUGUUCACUGUGUCAGCACUGAUUAAAGUGUUCUCUGGAUGGUAACCACUUUAGGCAAGCAGAAGAUAUCAAAAAUUGCAAGCAGGAUUCAUAUGAUGUUUACCAUUCCUGUGGAAGAGAAACACAGACAAAUAGGUGAAUAUAUACUGAAAUACUGAUCUAUAUCAUACAAUAUGGAAAAAAAAGUGAAGUCAAACAUUUAAAAAAAGAGAAUGCUUUCAAAUACAUACGCUUCAAAGAUUAAAGUUCAUCUGAUGCUCAACUUUAAGAAGCAUAUGCUUUUAAAAGCAUAUUUUGGGUAAUUCAUCUUUGAUUUGCACUAACCCUGGAGAGCAAUGUAUUUUAUGACAAAGUCUUACCACUACGUGAUAAAGUGAAUGUAACCAAACCAACCUUAAGUUUUAGAAGUCUUGGAUCCAAACAUUGAGGUUGAAAAACUGAGCUGUAUUUUAUAUGCAUCAGAGCCUAAUUCCAUUAAAGGCAGUGGCCCAAGUUGCAGUGAUAUGGAGAGCAAAAGGAAGUUUUCAUUUCUUUCUUUAUGCAUUUUUUAAGCAAGAGCAGCCUGCAAUAAAAUUAUUUGACACCAGAAAAAGGGAAACUUCACUGGCUUUGCUUUUAAAAAAGCUGCACAAUCCAGUUUGGAAAUUUGAAACUUUGGACAUGGCUAUGUGUCAGUGUGAAACAGACAUUUCUGAUAAUUUUAUCUCAAAGCAAAAUAACACAAGAUGCUAAGUGAUAUAAAUGUUUAGGUAUUCUAUUAAGGUAAAGACAGAAAUGCAAGGCUGAAAAGACAGAUUCAUGUUUUUGUCAUGCAGAAGUUCAGAAAACUAACAAUUCAUUGGAACAGAGUAUUCUUACACUGACCUAGUUGUUGGUUGAAAAUGUACGCAAAACAAACAAAGAAAAUAUCAACCUCAACCUCACGGAUGUUUCAGAAGGUUUUCCUCUGGAAGAUAACAGAUCCUAAGUACAUUAUCUCCUUUCAGACUUGGCUUAAAGAUGUUUUUUUGCUGGUCUAACAUACUUGGAGUGUAAAAGCAGCCCUCUGAAUGGUUUGCAUGUUCACCUCAGUGGAGGGAGAGUAUUCUCAUUUGUUGAGAAUAAUCUGGAAAAAAGACCUAGAUGAAGCCUGAUGUCAAAAUUGCCUAGUAAUUCCAUGCCUAUCACUACAGCUUUUCUAACCAGGUAGCAGAAUAAUUUACGACUGAAACGUUAUGGGAUGCUGGUGGAAAAGCAGUGGUGUGGCACUGUUCUUAUGUGGGAGAAAAAAAAAAGGAGAGAAAGAAUAUUCUCUGGUCUUCCUAGUCUCACAGACAGCAUUAAUUGAUACUUAAAUAGUGUUUUGUUCAGGAACAUAAAUAUCACGAAAGGAGAAGGAUUUCAGCAUGAGAGCAAUAUAUUUGUUGUGGCUUGUGCUAUAUUAAAAAAAAAAAAAUAAGAAGAAU